AUGGCCGUUGUCGCAGUCCUCUUGGGAGGCGGUCCUCCUCUGGAUGCUCUUAUUUCAUACAAGGAAAUCUUCCUGCACUAUUUAAACCACGCAAGAAGUCUUGUAAAUGGAAAGGUUGCUGGGAUUGAACCAUGGCAACUCAUAGCAUCAUCGGUUACUGCUACCCUUCUGGGGGUAUGGCUAUAUACGUUCAUCAACCAACCAGAGAGUUUAACAUCACGGGCUAAGAAAUGGUUCUUCAGACUAUUACGAAAAUUGCCUUAUAUUGGCCCCAUGAUACAGAAGCGUUUUGACAAAGCCGUGGAUGAAGCGCUUUCUAAUUUGUCUUUUCUGAAAUGUGAAAAGGCUUAUAUCAAAAUGCUGCCUGCCAAAGGCCUGAGCCAGCCAGAAGUGUUACAGAUGUUGAAGGAUUACAGCUCAAUGGGAGACGUACGCUGGCAGGAUGGCAAAGUUUCAGGGACGGUAUACAGUGGGGAAGAAAAACUUACUAAGCUGCUAGUGAAGGUUUAUGAGGAAUUUGCGUGGAGUAACCCUCUUCAUCCAGAUGUAUUCCCAGGCUUGAGGAAAAUGGAAGCAGAAGUAGUAAGAAUGGCUUGCACACUCUUCCAUGGUGGACCCGAUUGUUGUGGCACAUUGACCAGUGGUGGAACUGAGAGCAUCUUGAUGGCAUGUAAAGCCUACAGAGACCUGGCUUAUGAAAAAGGAAUCAAGUACCCAGAAAUAUUGGCUCCAGUGAGCGCCCAUGCAGCUUUUGACAAAGCUGCUGCCUAUUUUGGGAUGAAGUUGGUGCACAUUCCUUUGACCCAGAAUAUGCAAGUAGAUGUGAAGGCUAUGAAGAGAGCUAUUUCCAGGAACACGGCAAUGCUAGUCUGUUCAGCCCCCCAGUUCCCUCAUGGGAUCAUAGACCCAAUCGAGGAGGUGGCAGAGCUCGCAGUGAAAUACAAGAUUCCCUUCCAUGUGGAUGCCUGCCUAGGAGGAUUUCUCAUUGUCUUUAUGGAGAAGGCAGGUUUCCCUUUGAAACAUCUGUUUGACUUCCGAGUGAAAGGCGUCACCAGCAUUUCUGCAGAUAACCACAAAUAUGGCUAUGCUCCAAAGGGCUCCUCGGUGGUAUUGUACAGCGACAAGAAGUACCGGUACUAUCAGUUUUUUGUGGCUACUGACUGGCAAGGAGGAAUCUAUGCCUCCCCGACCGUGGCUGGCUCCAGGCCUGGGGGCAUCAUCGCAGCUUGCUGGGCAGCAAUGAUGCACUUGGGAGAAGAUGGCUACGUGGAAGCCACCAGGAAGAUCAUUUCGACUGCACGGUUCAUUGAGUCAGAGUUGCAGAAAAUUGGCCACAUCUUCGUCUUUGGAAAACCCGAGGUAUCUGUGAUCGCUUUGGGGUCUGAUACAUUUGACAUAUUUCGGUUGGGAAACACGUUAUCAUCUAAAGGAUGGACUUUAAGUAUGCUGCAGUACCCUUCAAGUAUCCAUAUCGCCCUAACAUUAUUGCACACAAAACCUGGGGUGGCAGAACAAUUCUUGAAGGACAUCCGAGAGUCCGUCUCUGAGAUCAUGAAGGACCCUAAAGCCAAAACCACUGGCGUGGGUGCUAUCUAUGGUAUGGCACAAGCCAUCCCAGACAGAAGCAUGAUCACGGAUAUUUCUCAUGUAUUCCUGGAUGCUUUGUACAACACGGAUCCCCUUCCUGCCGCCGCGCUCGUGAAUGGGUCUCCGGGAUCCCACUGA